AUGACGCGAAAAUCAGCAGCGCCCAGCCAGAGCGCCCAGCCAACCGUGGAUGGACACCCGGACAAGUCAGGACAUCCAAGGAAGCUACCCCUAGACUUCGGCAAGAGCCUCCGGGACAGCGAGUUUCUUUUUGACCGGGACUAUCGCAACCUGAACCACGGCUCCUUUGGCACUAUUCCCAGGCACAUUAAAAAUAGGCUGCGGCACUAUCAGAUUCUCCAUGAGCGCCGGCCUGACCAGUUCAUCCGCUAUGACUUUCCUGCCCUCCUCGACGAGAACCGCGAGGCCGCUGCGAAGCUUAUCAAUGCGCCAUCCGUGGACGAGGUUGUGUUCGUGACUAAUGCUACCGUCGGCCUGAACACCGUACUGCGCAACCUGUCCUGGUCUGAGGAUGGCAAGGACGAGAUCAUCCAUUUCAGUACCAUCUACGGCGGCAUCGGGAAGACAGUCGACUAUGUCGUUGACUCGACCUAUGGGAGAGUAUCCAGCAGAUCAAUCGAGCUGACAUAUCCCAUUUCAGACGACGCCAUCAUCGCCAAGUUCAGGCAAGCAGUCCAAGAAAGCCGUCGGCUCAAGAGACCCCGCGCCGCGGUCUUUGACGUCGUUUCCUCGGUGCCGGGCGUGUGUUUCCCAUACAAGGAAAUGGUCAGCGUAUGCCGCGAACUAGGGAUUUUAUCCGUGGUAGACGGUGCCCAGGGGAUCGGGAUGCUAGAGCUGGACAUGACGGCCCUGGACCCGGAUUUCUUCGUAUCGAAUUGCCACAAGUGGCUUCUUGUGCCGCGCGGGUGUGCCGUGUUCUACGUGCCCCAGCGCAACCAGCAUUUAAUCCGCUCGACAGUGCCAACUUCUCAUGGCUACGUACCGCUUCCCGGCGCGGCACUGAGAGCGAAUCCCUUGCCGCCGAGCGCGAAGGGCGUGUUUGUGAACGCCUUUGAGUACGUCGGCACCUUGGACAACUCGCCAUACCUGUGUGUAAAGGACGCUCUCGAGUUUCGUGAAAGCGUGUUGGGCGGGGAAGCGAGGGUUCAGCAAUACAUGCGGUCCCUGGCAACGGAAGGCGGAGCCAAGAUCUCGGAGAAGCUGGGGACCUGGGUCCUCGGCCACGAGCACGGUGAAGGACACAGCUUUACAAAUUGUGCCAUGGUCAAUGUCGCAAUGCCGCUCGUCGUCAAGCAGGGUCACAUUCAGGGCUCCUUCACUCCCAUGGACAGGCAAGAUGAGAGCCAAACGGGGCGGGGCGGCGCUCAGGAUGCUGCAGCACCUGUGAUUUCCGCAGGGCCUGAGGGCCAGGAUGCUCAAAUACAGAGGAGAGCGGAAGACAUAGUGAUCCCGCACGAGGACGCCCAUAGGAUCUGGGAAUGGAUGACAAAGAUCCUCGUGGAUGACUACCAGACCUUCAUCCCGUUAUUCUAUCAUGAUGGGAGGUUUUGGGCCCGCUUGAGCGCUCAGGUGUACUUGGACAUGGAUGACUUUGAAUGGGCUGGCGAGACGCUCAAGCUGCUGUGUGAGAGGGUAGCGAGGAGGGAACACGGGCCGUGA